CUUUACUCUGAAAUAGAACGGAGGUUUACGAAUACCAAAGCUUAAGUUAUUAAAUAAUUUUGUUUAAAAAAAAAAAGCUGCAUUGAUUGUCUGAGUUUAUCAAUUUGUUUGAAGCUUGUGCAUGUUGACUUGUGAUUUCGGCGACCUUUAAAUCCCAAAUUUCUAUCUCUGAUAGAAAGGAAUAUAUCAUUUUUUGCAGGAAAAAAGGCACUUGAAAUUUCAUUUCCUUCAUCUUUGAACCUUUGACAAGUGAUAUAAAAUCUAUCCAGUAUCUUGAUUUCUGUAGCCUAUUUCCUUGUUUUGAUCUUUACCACUCUUUUCUAGACAUGCAAUAAUUUGUUAUGAUAAGUCUGUAAGUCAAACUUCUGUUAACUGUGCCCCUACUUAUGUCCCAUAAUCUGAAGACGUACUUUUUUUUUGCUUUUUGCGGUUUCAUUGUCUGGAUUAUUUUUCGAAGCUUUAUCAUAAAAGUCAUUUACUUAUGGGCGGCUGGGUAUUUCGUUUGGUUUCAUUUGCAUUCCAAGCAUCUGGGUACCUACAAUUCUUUCAAUUCAGCUGAGCCCUUUCUGGUUGAUCCUACGGUUUUCCGGAAACGGAGUCAAAAUUUGCUAAAAUCGAGGUUUUUACUAAGGCAAGCAUUAUGUCCGGGAUAUCCUGAAAUUUCAGAAGAGCUAGAGUUUAUUCUGGAGAAUUUCAUGGAAAGAUAUGUUAAGAAGUGGUCAUCUCAAAUUAUUGGCGAACCAACUAUCCCUAACAGUAUAGAGAAUCAUUUUCGAAAAUGCAUUCAUAAUCUUUUUUUGAGUGUUGAGACCGUCGAUUUUGCAGAUAUUUUAAUCAAGAAAAUACUUCCUCUACUUACACAGCACCUGCGUCUUUUUGUAGAAGCAGAACAACUCGUUGUCGGUCAUAAGGCUGUUUCUUUUACUGACCAUUCUGAGCUUUCAAAAGAAAUAGCUGCGAAGUAUAAUAAUGGUUCAUUACAUAAAGCUAUACUUUUGUCAGGAAAUCCGAUGGUCGCCCAAAAAAAAUAUUUGCGGAAUUGGACCAUUCAAGUGUUGUCAAUAAUUCUCCCUAAUUAUUACCAAACAAGUCCUUUGGUGAUUUCGCUAAUAACCGAAAUAAUAAUAAAUAUUGUUCUUCUUCCGCUGAUAUCUUAUGUUUCUGACCCUGAUUUUUUUAAUUACUUGAUCAUUCAAGGUAGUGGAAGUAUAAUUGAGCGGCGUAGGAAGAUACGUCGCUUAAAACAUGCUAUACGGAAGUUAUCCUCGAAUUCUCAGAUUGGAACCCGCAGGUUAGGAUUAAAAGACAGUCAAUAUGCUUUUGAUCAAUAUAUAAGAGAAAUUCACCGUAUUUCUAAUAUUUCUGAUGCUAGACGUCUUCGAUCCGAGUUGCUAGUUCAAAGGCGACAGUUAGAUCAACAUACCCCGUUUAGUUCCGAGCUUCAACAGUAUCAUGAACGUUUACGAAUAGCUCUAAAUAUUACAGAAAAAAGGAUUUCUGUUCUUUCAGGAUCCCCGUUUCAGAAAAGACAGUCCACCCUCGUUGAACAAGCUCAAUCUCUGCCGCAGAUAUUGUCUGAUUCCGCGGCCGUAUCAUGUUUUCUAGAAUUUAUGGAACGCAGAAAAAGAUCACAUUUUCUUCAUUUUUGGUUGGUAGUAGAAGGACUGAAAGAAUCGCAAGAUGAUCCUUUAAAUGCACACAUGCUGGCUCCAUUUUCUGACAUAUCUUCUGAUUAUACUGAUUUUGCAGCCAUCUCUAAAUGUUAUUUAAAAAGAGGAGAAAAUCCAUUUAAUCUACCAGAUUCUUUGAUGAAUUCUAUAUAUUCUUUUAUUGACCAAUCUGAAAAUAGUCUCUCGUCAGAACUCUGGAUUGACGCCAGGAGUGCCAUGUUAGCCGCGCAGGAGCACGUUUUUAAUGUGAUGCAUAGUGAUGAUUAUUUUGAAUUUGUAAAUAGUGAUAUUUAUUAUCGUUUUCUUGCACAGGAUGUUGUUUCAGAUAAAAAAUCGCUUACUUCAUCCACCGUAUACAGUCCUACAAAUGAUACUCCAGAUAACCAUGCAAACGAUUUGAGACAAGCUUCUAUAAGAAGCAUAUCUUCUUCUUCAAAAUCUUUCAAUUCUUCCGCUUCAGUUCCAUUAUCCAUGUCUUCCUUUCGAAGAGAUAGCACGUUGAAUGAUGUGGAUUUAGAUGGGUCAAUUAGUAGUGAUGAAGAAGAAGUACUUUUUGCUUCCCCUGGUGAUCUUCAACUCUCUGAGGCAAUUCAAGAGCUUCAGACAGACAUCCAGGAGUUCGAAAAUCAACUUCAUGCGUUAAGCACAAUGAUGAAAAAAGCCGAGCUAAUUUCAGAUCAGAAGCAGCUCAGGAAUCUUUUUAAAAGCUACCAGGCAAUUGAAAAGGCGGUAAGUCGAAAGAAAAGACAAGUGGAUCAAUAUUUAUCACAAGAAGAAGAUAGCAAGUUGUAUAAUCGUUCCAGAAUUUCUAUUGACUUUUAUAAACUUUGUAAGGAUGACAAUGAACAAGAAUAUGCCGUUUAUACGAUACGUAUCGAACGCUUGGAAGGUGAUGUUAUUAGAUCCGGUUGGAUGGUUGCUAGACGAUACCGAGAAUUUGCUGAAUUGCAUAAGCAAUUGAAGCAAAUGUUCCCACAGGUACGCUUUCUUAAAUUUCCCUCUAAAACCGUUAUCCCUUCAGUAACGAAGUCAAUUUUGGAGUACAGAAAAAUAGCCCUCAAAGAAUAUUUACAAUCGAUAUUUCAAAUGCCAGACGUUUGCGAUAGCAAAAUUCUGAGAAUGUUUUUAUCGCAGCAGAACGUUACAGCUCCACAAAUGUUUAAUCCAAAGAUAGUUGGCGAACGAUGGAAGCGUUCUUUGGAGACGCUUGGCUUUGAAGUUAACGGUUCUUUUAAGUUAUCGCAGGCCGAUAGCACAUCAUCUUUUUCAGCGCCUAUAUGUGAGUUUCUGAUUGAACUUUUUUCUCCAAAUAAUGACAUUAAGCAACAAUGGAUGCCAAAAAAGGCUUACAUCUCCAUUUUAGAACAACUUUUCGGAGGAGCUUUGGAAAAACGUAUACGAACACAAUUGAGCCAAUGGAUCAAUCAAGAACGAAUAUACGAGAAAGUCCACCAGCUUCGGCGCGAGCUGGCCGACAAUAAGAAACAUGAACAAUCGACGUCUGGAUCUAACCGUGCUCGUAAACCAGCUUAUGCCGAUCGAAAUCAACUUAAAGCGGAGGCUGGUAUCAUGCUUGCAUCCAUGUUUCCUGGGUAUACACCCGACAUAGCCGUCAAGAGAAUUUUUCGAAUUUUACAAAACCAAACUCUUAAUGCGCAUAUCAUAUAUACCUUACUGGACCAAGCACUAAAUGGUUUAAAGCAGCACAAAGAGGAUUCAGAGAAAACAAAAUAGCUUACGAGGUUUCCACUCUCCUUCCUUUUUAAAUAAUUUCCAUACUAAUUUGCUACACCUAAUAUUUGCUCAUUCCAUUUCACUUAAUUGAUAAUAAAUUAUAAUUAUGAAGCAAGAAUAUCAUUUUUGUUGAAUUUCA